GAAAACGAAGGUGAAAUUAAAAGAAAAAUCUGACAUAGAAACAACAAAACCUUUCAUUUAAAUUUAAACAGACCUGGAUCUAGUGUCUGUCUGCAUCGUUGGCAUCUUUGUAGGUCUCGAAGAUAAAGUUACUUGAUUAGAUUCUGUGACUUCCUUAUUUAUCUCAACAUUUGUCAGUUGCUGAUUUAUUGUUUUAUGUAUACGACAGCUUUUUAGUUAUUGUCUAUAAAUCGAUUCUUAGACAAGACGAUGCUGAACUUGAAUAGUCCAGACAGUAAUUCUUUCCAGGACCCUGUGUCCCUCAACGUCGGCGGAGAGGUGUAUACCACUACUUUGGACACACUUACGCGCUGCAGGGACUCCAUGUUGGGUGCGAUGUUUACUGGGCAGAUCCCGCUCCUCCGAGACAAACGAGGCAACUUUUUCAUAGACCGCGACGGUAAAGUAUUCCGUUACAUCCUCAAUUACCUCAGAUCCAACAGCCUUGACCUACCUGAUGACUUCAAGGAGAUGGCAUUGCUUAAGCGAGAGGCGGACUUCUUUCAAAUACGACCUCUUCUGCACGAGAUACGGCGCUAUGAGUCUGGGCCACAUGGGGUAAACUGGCGAAGUGCCGUGCUCAAUACAGAUGUGGAUUGCCAGGUACGCGUAUUGCACUUCAACUUGAAACGUGGGCCGGAGAAUUACGAGUUGCGUUCCUGCGCCGUGCGUGUUUACACUGCCAAUGUAUUCUGCACUUCAUGCGCCGUCAUAGAACUACUCUGUACCCGUUUCUCAUACCGGACGCGGGAAGUUACAGCAUCCCCGCAAUCCAGCGAGGAAAGGCCGAACUAUCUUCAUUUGGAAUGGGCGCCUCGGCCAGAAGAGUUGCCACAGGACCAGUACGAGAAGCACAGUUACCGAGAACUAACGGUUACAUCUCAGGUGACUUUCCCCGCAACCUCACUAACGUCUGCAAUUCCAGACACUCGUGCGUUCAUGGAGGAAAUGCUGAAGGUCGCCCUGUCUGAAGGGUUUCGCAUGGACUACGUCUCCCCUGAUCCUUCAGACAUCCUUAACUGCCGGUCGCUGCGAUUUGUUAGGUAUUAAGGCGCUUGAUAUUGACGCAGGAAGGAUAAUAAUGAUUACAUCUUACUACCACUAUUUUUCUCAGAUAAGUUAGGCAUUUAAACAAGAUGUUUUACGGUGUUUACAUCUAAUCCCGAAACACUAUUACAAAACAUUACUUGAGUAACAAGUAGCCUGAUUUAGCUUUUCUAGAAUAAUACAGUAGGCAACUGAUCUCAGAGAGUAACCAAGCUAAGUAAAUGUUUGUAUGGGAACCUGUAUUACAGUUAUGACCAUUAUGAAAGGUUUUUGAACAUCAUUCAAAAUUAGCGUUUUGCCAGUCAAGACUCCUUCUUGAAACGUUUUCUUUGAAACUUCUUUAACUGUCCUUUCCUUUAGUAAUGUCUAAUUUGUUGGUUGCAAGUAUUCCUACUGCUUCCUCCUUCCUGUUCCUGUACCUGGACCCUACAGAUAGAAAAUGAGGUCCACCUCAUUAAAAUUGGGGACAAAUGAGAAUGUCUAAGCUUGGACGCAACUGAAACAGGUGCUGCACAGUACAAUUUUAACAAACUGGUGUCUGGACAUACCAGCCUUUCUUUUGUAUUGUAUCCUUGGCAGGUUUGGAGACAUCAAAAGAAUGCUGGUUGAAUGUUGGCCAAAUCCAUGCUGUCGCAAUACUUCCCAAGUGUUAAAUCAUGUUCAGUUUCUGCCUUGGAAACUUACAUUAUUUCUAGGCGGUGACAAAUAGAUUCUCCUGUGGAAUAUAAGGGAAAGAGAAAGGGAAAACAUUCCUCAAAUGAAGGUACAUUUUAAUGAUGGGAUUCCCAUAACCAAACCAAAAUGAUCACACUGCAGGUGAAAACUAUUUUCCCCAUUGCCCUUUAGAAUAGCAGACAGGGCACAUAAGCAUACAUCACAACAAAUACCGUCUGUGGACUUUUAAAUGCCAAACAGACGAGACCUUAAAUAUCUGCUAUUCAUACAAACCGUUGUUAUUAUCAUCUUUGGUCAUCAAAAACACAAUUGGUGACAGAUCUUUUAAAUCAGAAUACUGGUCAGUGCAGUUGUUUGAGGUGUAUAUACCAUGUCCCUGUUGCUCAAUUCAGCAGUGUCUCACCUUACAGGUCGAUGUAAUGUAUUCAGAUGAGACUAUUUAAAUAUGACCAUGUUUACAAAGUAAAAAGGUUGUUGCUUUAAAUAAUGACUGAAGCACAUGUUUAAAUUAUGUUAACAAAAUUGUUUUUCCAACCCCCUUGAUAAUAUCCUUUGGAAUCACCCUGUUGAAUCUGCUAUUCAUGCUGCUGUUUGAAGACAUCUCAUUUAUCAACCCAGCAACAAGAGCAAAUUCAGCCUUUAAAACCAAACAGUGCAUAUAUGCAUUGGUCCUAACACCAAUAAAUACAGGUGUACAAAA